GGGAGGAUAUUUUGGUCAGGAGCGUUACAACGUGGUUGGUUGAGAUGUCUUGGUUGUUUGGCUUUGGCAAACAAACAUCGAAAGACUUCGACAUUCCUGGUGACGUCCCGCCACCACCAAGCCCACCUGCAAGUUUACAGGACAAGAAACAGUCUAAAGAUACGGCUUCUGCUUACCGAUUUGAUUCAGCUGCACUUGAAAGAGCUGCAAAGGCAGCUAGAGAACUUGAAUCAUCUAAACAUGCGAAGGAAGCAUUUGAUCUAUCUCAAAAACAUGAACAAACUUUACAGAUGGAAUAUCAAUCAAAAAUGAAGGAGUACGAGCUUGGAUUAGAACAGAUUAAAAUACAGCAAUAUAGAGCUCAGCAGGAAGAACGCAGGAAAACGCUAGAGGAGGAGGCGAGAAUACAAAAGCAGCGCGCCGAUUAUCAAGAUAUGCUGGCUCGUAAACGUCAGGAAGAUCAAAUAGCCUUACAGGCCAAAGCUCAGGCAGACAAUCUGAAAAAACAGGAGGAAUCCGUUCAGAAACAAGAAGCAAUGCGAAGAGCAACAAUUGAAUUUGAAUCGGAUCUUCGCCACAAGAAUGAAAUGAAACAAAUUGAAGCAAAGAUUAAAGGUGAAGCUGAAGUUGAACGACAAAAUCGUGACCUGCGCCUAGAACGUGCACGUGUUGACGCCCGAGAGUAUCGUCAAACGGUCUUGGAAUCCAUAACAACUGCUGGCUCUGUCAUUGGUAAUGGUAUCAGCAAUUUCCUGUCAGAACCUGACAAGAUGGCCACUGUCAUUGGUUCACUAACGUUAUUAGCUGGCGGCAUAUAUGGGGCUAAAUAUGGGAUCGGAACAUUUACUAAAGUUGUAGAAUCUCGUAUAGGUAAACCGGCACUUGUGCGUGAGACUUCCCGACUAAAUAUAGUAGAUACUUGUCGUCACCCUAUCAAGACAGCCAAAACGGUCUUUCAGCGUCCUAAGGAUCCUCUAGAAGGUAUAAUUUUGCGACCUGAGUUGGAAGCAUCUUUGAGAAAAAUUGCAAUUGCAACCAGACAUACCAAAGCAAAUAGAGGCUUUUAUCGAAAUAUCCUAAUGGCAGGUCCUCCUGGUACUGGAAAAACGAUGUUUGCAAAGAGUUUGGCUAUGCAUUCGGGUAUGGAUUACGCGAUUUUAACUGGUGGAGAUAUUGCACCUAUGGGCAGUGAAGGAGUUACUGCAGUCCACAAAGUUUUUGAAUGGGCCAAAACUAGUCGUAAAGGAGUUUUACUUUUUGUGGAUGAGGCUGAUGCAUUUCUUCGUAAAAGAGACCAAGAACGAAUAAGUGAAGGUGUCCGAGCAACUUUAAAUGCAUUUUUGUACAGAACUGGAGAACAGUCUAAGAAAUUUAUGUUAGUUUUAGCCAGUAAUCAACCUGAACAGUUCGACUGGGCAAUUAAUGAUCGUAUGGAUGAAAUUGUUCAGUUCACACUACCUGGUUUGGAAGAGCGUGAACGAUUGGUCAGGCAUUAUUUCGAUCGUUUCCUUCUUCAACCUUCGUUAACCAAAAGUCACCGUAUUCGCCUAGCUGAAAACAUAGAUUAUGCUGUAAAAUGUGCAGAGAUCGCUAAAAGAACGACUGGCCUCUCUGGACGCGAAAUUUCUAAAAUUGCAGUUGGAUGGCAGACAGCUGCAUAUUCCAGCGAAGACGGUGUUUUGACAGAAGGCAUGAUGGAUGCUGUUGUCGACAGUGCUAUUGCAGCUAAUCGUCAAAAACAAGAAUGGCGACACUAUAGACUUUCUGACGCGGUAGACGCUGUUCCAAACUAGUACCACUUACAAUAAGGAAGCUACCAGCUUUUGCAUUAUGCAUCACAUCUGUUAUUUACUAAUCUAUACAUAUGAUUCCCUGUGUACCUAAUCAGUAGUCUUUUUGAGAUAAGAUCAAGUAGCUUUUUCAAUCGCCAGAUAUAGUAUAAAAUUGUCAACUAAUUUUCUCCCUUAACAAAAAGCUUGUUAUGUCUGGUUUUUCUUCACGCAAUGAACCAACAAUGAAGUUUUUUUACAAAUUCAUUAAACGGUUCUGUGGGCA